AUGCAGGGUGAGGCUUCGUUCUUCACCCUGAAAGAACUGGAGACUUUGGGAAAGUCCAAGGGGGUCAUCCCGCAGGCAGUCAAGGAUGUUGUGGAAAGCCUAGUUGCAGAUGACGAAGUUCAGAGCGACAAGGUUGGCUCCCAGCUGCUGUUUUGGGCACUCCCUUCCCAAAGAACUGCCACUUUGCAGAACAAGCGCCAGAAGCUUGAGGCUGAAACGAAGCAUCUACAAGCAGAGCUGCAGAAACUGCAGGCAGAGCUGACGCAGUUGUCAUCACAGCCCGCUCCGACCGAGGAGGAGGCAGCCACCCUGAGGGCACAGGCAGCCAUGGAGCGGAAGAAGUGUGAGCAGUUGCGUUCCGAGAUCCAGGCUUAUGAGCGAUGCGGUCCGGCCAAACUUGCUGAGAUGAAGAAGCUGACUGCGAUCGCCAAAGAAGCUGCGAAUCGUUGGGCGGACAACAUUUGUGCUGUUCGGUCUUUGUUUCUCCGUGAGCGGAGAGGGGAAAUCAGUGCUUCUCAGUUUGAUCAGACCUUUGGUCUCCCAGAGGAGUUUGAAUAUUUGGAGUAG